AUGGGCCCUCUGCGGCCUGCCAGCGGUCUACUCUCGACGCUUGCACCAGGUCGCAACCCUCCUUCUCGCCUCAUACAACUCUGCGCCGCGUCACUCAAGGAUAUCGCAAUCCCAGAUCCGGACCAUCGCGUCUAUACACGGCCGCAUACCCAACCGAAACCGGCACUCGCAUCCAGUGUCGGCCCAGCGCGACUUGCCCCGAGAGCUUCGAGAAGCGUCUUGCAGCAUAUUCGCCCCUUCAGCGUAUCGUCGUUCUUCAGACGAGAGACACCGAGCCCGGUAAUAAAAGAGGAAAAGUCUGCCAAGAAGGCGGAUGAAGAUGAAGAAGCCGACGAGUUCUUUGAGCGGUCCGAGAAGGCGAAGGCCAACGCACAGAUAAAUCUCAGCGCCCGUCUGUCCAAGGAAGGAGCCUCUCCCAAGGGUGGCGGGUUUGGCGAAGUAUGGCGACUUAUCAAAAUAGCACGACCUGAGGCCAAAGUCUUAGGAUUCGCUUUCGUACUAUUGUUGAUUUCAUCUGGCAUCACCAUGUCUAUACCGUUCUCGAUUGGCAAAAUUCUAGACAUUGCGACAAAGGGCAAGGCCGACACCAAUGGCGAGCAAGCUGAUGCCCCAAUCGAUAUGCUGUUUGGCCUGAGCAUGACUACAUUCUACACUACUCUGGUUGCCGUCCUCGCAACUGGAGCUGCUGCCAACUACGGGCGCAUCAUCAUCUUGAGAAUAGUUGGAGAGCGGAUUGUGGCCCGUCUGCGAUCCAGACUCUUCCGCCAGACGUACAUUCAGAAUGCAGAGUUCUUCGACGCAAAUCGAGUGGGCGAUCUCAUCUCCAGGCUUAGCUCAGACACCAUCAUCGUCGGCAAGUCAAUCACCCAGAAUCUGUCUGACGGUCUCCGAGCAUUUGUCAGUGGCGGCGCGGGCUUCGGCUUAAUGGCUUGGGUCUCGCUGAAGCUGACAGGUGUGCUUGGACUGCUCUUUCCACCCAUCGCCAUUGGUGCCUUCUUCUACGGUCGAGCUAUCAGAAAUUUGAGUCGCAAGAUCCAGAAGAAUGUCGGCACCUUGACAAAGAUUGCGGAGGAGCGUCUCGGCAACGUAAGGACAUCUCAAGCAUUUGCUGGGGAGAUUCUUGAGGUUCAUCGGUACAACACGCAGGUACGAAAGAUCUUCGAACUCGGCAAGAAGGAAUCCUUAAUCAGCGCAACCUUCUUCUCAUCUACUGGCUUCCUUGGAAACAUGACCAUUUUAUCCCUGCUGUACGUUGGCGGUGGAAUGGUGAGCAGUGGUGCCAUAACCAUCGGCGAGCUGACCUCGUUCCUGAUGUAUACGGCAUAUGCUGGCUCCUCGCUCUUCGGUCUCUCAUCUUUCUACUCAGAAUUAAUGAAAGGCGUCGGUGCCGCAUCCAGAUUGUUCGAGCUGCAAGAUCGCGAGCCUACCAUCAAUCCAACCGUGGGCGAUCCGGUCAAGAGUGCCAGAGGCCCUAUUCAAUUCAAGAAUGUAACUUUCGCGUAUCCUACACGGCCAGCCGUCAAGAUCUUCAGGAAUCUCGAUUUUACAAUCCCUCAAGGCUCGAAUGUGGCAAUAGUCGGUCCGUCUGGUGGAGGCAAGUCGACCAUCGCGUCGCUUGUACUGAGGUUCUACGGCCCGUCGGAGGGUGAGAUCCUGAUCGAUGGCAAAGACAUCUCUACCAUGAAUGUUAAGUCGCUACGACGAAGGGUCGGAAUCGUCUCGCAGGAGCCGGUCCUGUUUUCGGGAACUAUUGCGGAGAAUAUCGCCUACGGCAAACCAAACGCUACACGCACAGAGAUCAUGCGCGCUGCUCACGGACUUGAUACGUCGGUCGGUGCGAGAGGCACGCAGUUGUCUGGCGGUCAAAAGCAGCGCAUUGCUAUCGCUCGUGCACUGGUGAAAGACCCUGACAUCUUGAUCUUGGACGAGGCGACUUCAGCCUUGGAUGCUGAGUCAGAGACAUUGGUCAACGAAGCAUUAGCGAGAAUGCUGAAGGGAUCUAACACCACUAUAUCGAUAGCCCACAGACUAUCAACCAUUAAGCGCUCCGAUACGAUCAUCUGUCUUAGCAACGAUGGGCGUGUCGCUGAGAUGGGCUCGUAUAAAGAGCUCAGCAGCCGACCAGAUGGUGCUUUCACCAAGCUGAUGGAAUGGCAAAUGAGUGGCGGUGAAACAACUGAGAGCCAUCACUCGAAUGAUACUUCUAUGACGCCAGGUGGAAGGGGACCACCUACAGAGACUGAGGAGAUUCACCACCUUCUGCACAAUGGUGAAGGUGAAGAACUUGAGGAAGGUGCGGACCACGAAGAGAUGCAGGGUAGCAAGGUCCAGGAAACAGUCACGGAAGCCGUGGAAGAAAAGAAAAGAUGA